GCUCUCGAUGCAGUCCGUGUCCGUAGCAAUAUGGCUACGUGUCGAGUGUUCUUGUAGCGUGUUUUUGGCACGGACGUAAGCUUUACUUAUGGCGCGAGGUAUUUAACGAUCGAUUUAACAACGCGUGAUCGUCCGAUUUGGUGAUCUUCAGCAUGUCGACGAGUAACAAGUGGGAUUUGUCCGCGGAGGACAUAAAAACUGCAGCAAAAGACGAAAAGGAAUUACUGUUGGAACACGACAGCGAUCCGGAUGAAAAUAUGCUAUUCAAUCGACCGAGUACGUCCGUGACGGAAACUAAAGCGGAUGGCAAGAUGGAUAGCGUAAGAUUACAAAUACAAGAAGUUACAGAGGUGAUGCGGGAAAAUGUGCAAAAGGUAAUAGAACGUGGAGAGAAGUUGGAAGAUUUACAAGAAGUUAGCGAUCGUUUAACCAUGGCUGGAAACGAGUUUAGGGCAGCGGCGAGGAAAGCUCAGCAAAGGGCGUGGCUGCAGAAUUUUAAAACGAGAAUCAUUCUUGUCACUAUCACAGUGACGGUCGUCGUCUGCAUCAUCGAUCGACGCGUAUCAUUUUCAGUUCUGGACAUCAUGGUGCUUUACCUGGUUCUCAGAUAGCGAACACGGUGUAACGAGCCUCGAUCGUUCGAUUCCAGUAUCCAUCGCCGUGAAAUAUUCGUAACCAAGGCUCCCUCCAGACUGAUAUACCACUAUUGCGGGCGUACGUUUAUAUUUGUACCUGUCUUUCAUGGAUUACUCACGUGUAUUAUUACUAUCAUAAGUUUAUAUAAAUACAUAUAUUGUUAUUUUUA